AUGGAAGUAUCAGCUGAAGGGUACACAACUAUGGCAAAAGUGACUUGUUUUGCAUGUGGUGGAAUGGCGGUCGGUACCUUGAUAUCUCACAUGGUAGCAGAUGGAGCAGGUGCGAGUUUCUUUUUAAACAAUUGGGGUUCUAACUCUCGUAUCAGUGAGUUUCAACAUGCAUUUGAAUUUCCUACCUUUGACACCCCUUUCCCCCAUAAUAAUGCAUGGCCACAAGACAAGAAUGCGAUGCAUUUGUGUUGCCAAUUUCUGAACAAGGAUAGGCUUGCUACGAGGAGGUUUUUGUUUGAUGAAAAAGCUAUUUCGAGGUUAAGGGCUCAAGGGUCAAGUUCAACCGUGCAAAACCCUACUCGAGUGAAGGUGGUAGCAUCCCUUCUAUGCAAAUAUGCUGCAAAAGCUUCCAAGGCCAAAUCUGGUUUAGAGAGGCCAACUUCGGUGAUUCAUACAAUAAACAUGCGUCGAAGGGCAUCUCCUAAUUUUCCAAACUCGUGUGGGAAACUUUGUUUGGCUGGCCACGGCUUUAAUGAGGGCAAACACUACUAG